GCGGGAUACAGCCCAGACCGAUCCUUCCUUUGCAGCAGCUUGCUCCUUGGGGGUUCCGGAGCUGCAUCAUCUCCAGUCCGUGGCUUCUGUGGGAAAGCUAGGUGUGCUGCGAUCCACUUAGCCCGAGGCUCCAGCCCGUUCUCCGGCGCCCAGACCGGGAGUCUCCGGAGGGCCGGCUCCCAGAACACGCCCGGCACAGCUAGUGGACCUCGCCAGCUCCUCCUGAGCCAUUCAUUGAAAGCCCAGUCUUUCACUAGAGUCCAAGUCCCUCAUCUUCAGCUCCGAGUCGCGGGCAGCGUCAUGGAGAAGAGCAGCGAGACCAACGGCUACCUAGACAGCUCCCAGGCUGGGCCUGCAGCGGGGCCUGGAGCGCAGGGGACCGCUGCAGGACGCGCGCGGCGUUGCACCGGCUUUCUGAGGCACCACGCGCUGGUGCUGCUCACUGUGUCGGGAGUGGUGGCCGGCGCAGGUCUGGGCGCGGCUCUGCGUGGGCUCGGGCUUAAUCGCACGCAGGUCACCUAUCUGGCCUUCCCUGGCGAGAUGCUGCUCCGCAUGCUGCGCAUGAUCAUCCUGCCGCUGGUGGUCUGCAGUCUGGUGUCUGGCGCGGCCUCUCUGGACGCCAGCUCUCUCGGGCGCCUGGGUGGCAUCGCCAUCGCCUACUUCGGCCUCACCACGCUAGGCGCCUCCGCGCUCGCAGUCGUUUUGGCGUUCAUCAUCAAGCCUGGGUCUGGCGCUCAGAAUCUUCAGUCCAGAGACCUUGGGCUGGAGGAGUCGGGCCCCACUCCGGUCCCCAAAGAGACAGUGGAUUCUUUCCUCGACCUGGCCAGGAACCUGUUUCCCUCCAAUCUUGUGGUUGCAGCUUUUCGAACGUAUGCAACUGACUAUAAAGAGGUGACCCACGGCACGGACACUGGAAACACAACCCUCGAAAAGAUCCCCAUUGGCACGGAGAUCGAAGGGAUGAAUAUUUUGGGACUGGUCCUUUUUGCCCUGGUGUUAGGCGUGGCCCUAAAGAAACUAGGCCCUGAAGGAGAAGAGCUUAUCCGUUUCUUCAAUGCCUUCAACGAGGCGACAAUGGUGCUGGUGUCAUGGAUUAUGUGGUAUGUACCCGUGGGCAUCAUGUUCCUGGUUGGAAGCAAGAUCGUGGAAAUGAAGGACAUCAUCGUGCUAGUGACCAGCCUUGGGAAAUACAUCUUUACAUCUAUAUUGGGCCAUUUUAUCCAUGGAGGAAUUGUUCUACCACUUAUUUAUUUUAUUUUUACACGAAAAAACCCAUUCAGGUUCCUCCUGGGCCUCCUCACACCAUUUGCGACAGCAUUUGCCACCUGCUCCAGCUCAGCAACCCUUCCCUCUAUGAUAAAGUGUAUUGAAGAAAAUAAUGGCGUAGACAAGAGGAUCAGCAGGUUCAUUCUCCCCAUCGGGGCCACCGUGAACAUGGACGGCGCAGCCAUCUUCCAGUGCGUGGCUGCAGUGUUCAUUGCCCAGCUCAACAACGUAGAGCUGAAAGCAGGACAGAUUUUCACGAUUCUGGUGACGGCCACGGCGUCCAGUGUUGGAGCGGCAGGCGUGCCAGCUGGAGGGGUCCUCACUAUUGCCAUUAUCCUGGAGGCCAUUGGGCUUCCCACUCAUGAUCUCUCUCUCAUCCUGGCUGUGGACUGGAUUGUGGACCGUACCACCACCGUGGUGAAUGUGGAAGGGGACGCCCUGGGCGCAGGUAUUCUCCACCACCUGAAUCAGAAGGCGAUGAAGAAAGGGGAGCAGGCACUGUGUGAGGUGAAAGUGGAAGCCAUCCCCAACUGCAAGUCAGAAGAGGAGACGUCACCUCUGGUGACACACAAGAACCUUGCUGGCCCUGCUGCCAGCGCCUCAGAACUGGAAUCCAAGGAGUCAGUUCUGUGAUGGGGCUGGGCUUCGGGCUUGCCUGCCGGGGGUGAUACCCACCCUAUCAGUCCAGCCACUGGACACAGGCACCACCCACCACCCUCACCAACUUCAGCCUCCUGGGCAAUGCAUUGGCCCAGUCACUGGUUUGAGGAUCGCUUCUCAGCACAGGCAUUGGGUUUCCCAGCCAGAACUGGUUCCUGAGGACUGGGACACUCUGACAUUCAUUUUGAUCCCACAACUGUGUGUGCCCCAGGCUCUGUUUGAAACACGCCCUCAAGCUUCCAAGCUGGUGGAAAUAACAGGUUCACAGAGACCUGAUGGUCAACACCCAGGAAAAUGCAGAAGCGCCCUUCAUUGUGCCGAGUCACUCUGCCUGGCUGCAUUCCAGGCAGACCUAGGGUGUUUGCAGUCAUCUGUCACAUUGUCUUGUGAACCAUAGUAAUUGGAAAAAUUCCCAAAUUCUUAGCCUUGGCAGGAAUUCGCUGAGCUGGGUCUCGAGGUGUUGGAGUUUGUGCUACAACUAGGUGCAGCUGGUCUGGGUCAAGGGUUCCUGGUGAGCUGGAGGCGCUGCACAUUGUCAAGUUAGAAAUAAUCAGGGUGGUGUUAGCGAUGUUGGGGCUGCUGGGUUCUGUUGUCAGCGCUAUUAAGUAAGAUAUACAUUCUGAGGUCAAAGAAAGGAGGAGUGCAGCCUGCAGGGGAAAGGGAAGCAACCUAACCAGGACAAGACACACACGUGCAAUUGUCCCCGUUCUCAUCCCAGCCUUGGGGGAAGUUGUCAGCUUCCAUGGCCUGGGCCUCUGACAGCACUAUAGCUUUAUAGUCCCCAUCCACUCUGAUUUGGCGACAGGACAGAGAGAAACCUUUUCCUGUGGGGAGGUGUGAUGUGAUCAUUACAUUCAGGGCCCUGGUUGGUUUAUCAAUCUAUUAUUUUAAUUCAACUAGCUCUCCCUAAAAUACUGCAUUCUGGCAAAAAUAAAAAUAAAAAAUAAAUAAAAGUUAAAAUUUUAAAAAUGCAAACCCACACACUAACUGGGGUGAGCUGCCCCCAUUUCCAGGUCCUCAGACCCCCUGGCUUUGGCUGAUCCCCUUGGGCUUGGUUUCCUUUCCUGCCAGUACGGCAAAGUUUCCAAUUAUAAGCCAGGCGUCCAUGUUCCUCCAGAUACCUACUGGCUUGGUUUGAAUCAAAGUGAGGGGUCUUAGAGAGAAGACCAGUGAACCAGUGACAAAGGCGCAAGACUGUCACGUCACUGAGGCUGCUGGUGUGGACCUGUGGUGUGGCCCCGGGGUGCGGCCUGCAGUGAGUCCUGGGGCCUGCCUCUACCCGAUCUGUAAAAUGGGGCCGAUGUCACCUGCCUCUUACCUACCUCAGAGGGAUUUGGUGAGGUGAACUGAGUGAGUCUGUGAAGACAAUGAUUUCACUUCUUGGAUAUCAAGUGCUAACACCCCUAUGCUCUUAUUUUUUACCUAAGUGAUUCCUUUCUGCACAGAGGCCGAUCUCCUGGUGAAGACAGCUUUUGGGAGCAGGACUUUGUACUCUGCGUGCUUUAGCCACUUGUAUCAUGCCAUUCUCUUUGUAGUUCUUUGACUGCGUCUAAGGCAGCCUCUUCCCGAUGUCCUUCAAGUGUUCAUGAAUUAGCCACCUCACCUUUCAUUGCAUUUCUGGGCCCCCAACUGCCCUUGGCUCCCAGGCCCAGGCACUGUUCUACCACCCCUCAACAGGCCAUCAAAGCUCCCACAUUUUCCGUCUUGUUCAUGUCUUUUUCUUCCCUGUUGCUGUGGUAUUGCUGUCCCCCAGGCCCUACAGAAGGGGUACACACCAUUAAGUUGUGAGUCCCAUUGCGAUGAGUAUUGGCGGAUAGGACAGAGAUGGUCAAGCUCCUCCAUUUAAAAAUCCAGGGCCUGGGUCU